AUGGAUCAAAGUAAUCCGGUUCUAAAUCCUAUUGUUCCAGGUUGUAAACUUGGAAAAUCAGAAGAAGAAAAGAAGAUUGAUACUACUACUUAUAAACAGAUAGUGGGGAGUCUGAUGUAUUUAACCGCUACUAGACCAGAUAUUAUGUUUGUGGUAAGUCUUCUUACUAGAUUCAUGGACUGUCCUACUGAAUCACAUCUUGCUGCAGCAAAGAGAGUACUCAGAUAUUUAAAAGGAACAAUGGACUUUGGGAUUUUUUACAAGUCAAAAGGACAACAAAAUUUAAUUGCAUAUACUGAUAGUGAUUAUGCAGGGGACCUAAGUGAUAGGAAAAGUACUUCUGGAUAUGCUUUUAUGUUUUGUUCUGGAGUAGUAUCUUGGUCUUCAAAGAAACAGCCAGUAGUUUCAUUGUCCUCCACUGAAGCUGAAUUCAUUGUAGCUGCAUCGUGUGCUUGUCAAGCUGUAUGGCUUAGAAGGAUUUUUAAGGAAGUAAAACACGCUCCUGUUGGUGCUACCACUGUAUUCGGUGACAAUAAUUCAGUAAUCAAGUUAUCAAAAAAUCCUGUGAUGCAUGGACGAAGCAAACACAUUGAUGUCAGGUUUCAUUUUCUCCGUGAACUUACAAAAGAUGAAACUGUGAAUCUAGAGUAUUGCAAUACUAAAGAACAAAUUGCAGACAUCAUGACUAAACCGCUUAAGUUGGAUGCUUUUGAGAAACUACGAGAUUUGUUAGGUGUUUGUGUUGAUCCAAGUGUAAAUUGA